AUGUUUUAUUAUGAAUUGAGGCGUUAUCAAAAUAAGCCAAAAGUAACUUUAUCUCUAACUAAAGUUUUGAGCUAUCGGUAUUAUAUUUUAAUAUAUUUAUAAGUUGACCAACAAUUAAUAUGCAAUUUUAUGACUUUUAUUUUUAUUUUUAUAGAACAUAGGUAUGUAUAUAUAAUUAAUGAAAGAGAUUAAUGGACACUAAAUCCGAGCCACAGCGUGAACAAAUGCAUUUUUGCUUGCCAACAGUAUUCAGAAUAUUAUUCACUUAAUUUGAACUGGCUUGUAAUUGA